AUGUUAGCGGUGGGGGCGAUGGAGGGCACCCGGCAGAGCGCGUUCCUGCUCAGCAGCCCGCCCCUGGCUGCCCUGCACAGCAUGGCCGAAAUGAAGACCCCGCUGUACCCCGCGGCGUACCCCCCGCUGCCCGCCGGCCCCCCCUAUCAAGGAUCCAUUUUGUUGGACAAAGACGGGAAGAGAAAACACACGAGACCCACGUUUUCGGGCCAGCAGAUCUUCGCUUUGGAGAAGACUUUCGAACAAACGAAAUACUUGGCGGGGCCCGAGAGAGCUCGCUUGGCCUAUUCGCUGGGGAUGACGGAGAGUCAGGUCAAGGUCUGGUUCCAGAACCGCCGGACCAAGUGGAGGAAGAAGCACGCGGCCGAGAUGGCCACGGCCAAGAAGAAGCAGGAUUCGGAGACCGAGCGGCUCAAGGGGGCCUCGGAGAACGAGGAGGAGGACGACGACUACAACAAGCCUCUGGACCCCAACUCGGACGACGAGAAGAUCACGCAGCUGCUGAAGAAGCACAAGUCCAGCAGCGGCGGCGGCGGCGGCCUCCUGCUGCACGCGUCCGAGACCGAGGGCUCGUCCUGA